AUUAACAGAAUUUGCAGAGAAGGACAAAAACCCGACACGGACUCUUCAGGACGAAUGCAGGAAAAGUGUCGUCACCUUCUCGUGGCUGACCUCGGUAGUGAGUGUUUGAGCUCUACAGCUUGUUGUCACAGCACGCAAGUUCGGGGGUCGAAGUCGAGGGCAUCGUGGCAUGGAGCUGCAGCCAAGGGCACACAGGGGGUGUGUCUAGCGUCCAGAGGACAUGCCAAGCAGCGUCGCGGAGUACAAGCGCAAACACGAGCACGGGCACAAGUGGAAGCGCAAGCAGAAGCAUGGAUGCGGGCAUGGAGGACGCGGGUGUCAGUGUCGCAACAUGGGGUUGCGGCUACGACACAUAGGUAUACAAGGACGCAAGUGCAAGGAGGAUCGCGCAAGAUGCAGCAGGCCUUGCCAGCGGAGGCAUCGAUACCAAGGCCGUGGCGUGAAGUUGCGAACAGGAUGCGCGAGGGCGUGCGUAAGCAGUUAGGGACGACAUGCGUGGGCACGCGAGAGUGUCCUGGGCCGAGACAUGGGUGCACACACGGGCAAGCUGGGUCGAGGCGUUGGCACGCAUGGGUGCAGUUUGGUUCGAGGCGUGGGACGCGUGGGCGCGAGCGCGACAUGGAACGCUCAAGAGGCGAGCCUUGCACGAGUUGGCAGCAUCCAUGCCAAGGCCGUGGCACGGGGUCACGGUCGAGCCAUGCUGGAGCGCGCAAGAGCGACAAGGGUCUAGAUAAGGACCAGAACAGUGAUCUGGAUAAGGACGUGAACAGUGCUCCGCGCGUGAACAGUGUCAGACAAGGGGUUUGGAAUGGGCUUAAUAGUUCUGCACUUCGUGCUCGACCUCGGCAGCAAGUGUUUGAGCUCUGUAGCUCGUGGUUGACCUCGGCAGCUCAUCUCAUGUUUGUGCUCUACAGCUUCAUGCUUGACCUCUGCAGCUUGUGGUUGAGCUCGGAAGCUCGUGUUGGAGCUUUGCACUUCCUGUUUGACCUCUGCAGCUCGUGUUUGAGCUCAACAGCUCGUGUUGGAGCUCUGCACUUCCUAUUUGACCUCUGCAGCUCGUGUUGGAGCUCUGCACUUCAUGCUUGGCCUCUGCAGCUCAUAGUUGAGCUUGGAAGCAAGUGUUUGAGCUCUGCAACUCAUGCUCAAGUUCUACACUUCAUGUUGGACCUCUGCAGCUCGUGGCUGACCUUGGCAGCAAGUGUUUGAGUUCUGCAAUUCGUGGUUGACCUCAGCAGCUCGUAUUUGACCUCUGCAGCUGGUGCUUGUGUUCUGCACCUCGUGGUUGACUUUGGCAAACUCUUUUUUGUCUUGCACAUAUCUCAAUCUUCUUGGUCAAAUUUCUUCCACGUCUCAACUUCCUCC